AUGGCAAGCACUGACCUCGACACUGGCGUCCGGGUGGUCGUUCGGCCUAACCAGUCUUCUUAUUUUGCGGGAGAGCCUUUCUCGGUGACGGUUACAUUCACCAAUACCCGCUCUUUAGAUCAACCUUUCUCCCCCACUUCACAGAAGCAACAACAUAAACGCAACGCUCAUUCGAUAAGCUCUGCGCCCAUUGCUCGCCCUCCAACCUCGCCAGGUACACCACGAACACCUCGUACCGCUUUGCCUCCUCCACCUCCAACCAUUCGUGAUGCCCACCCCACUCGAAAAGGACUUAUUGGACGGACAUCCCAAUCAUCUCCCCUGCAAACCUCUCCACCGGACAGUCUACCUGCCCUGGUCGAGCAAAGACGCAAGAAAAUGCUCGCCAAGUCCCUUUCCGUCAACAUCGCACCGCUAGAUCUCGAUAUCUUACCUGCUCGGCAUUCGGAGAAAUCGCCAACAUCUCCUCCUGCUCAAUCUUCUCAAAUUCCCGUUGCAAUUUCUCGGAGGGCUGAUCUUGCAUUGGCGGCGUCUCAUCCACACGCUCGCAAACACUCUGUUCUCGAUGGGUCGGCACCACAAGUUGAACUUGUCAACGGACCAUCUCCGCUUAGCCCCAGUUCAAGUACUCCUUCGACAGCGUCAUUCGCACUGGCGCUUGAAUCCAUAGCCGAAUCGUCAUCAUCUCCCAAUCAUCACUCUGCUUACCCUCCAACUCCUGCAACCGUAGCGCCUUCGUCUCCUCGUAGAACUCACGCAAGCAGCCGCUCAGUAUCGUUCCCACACAGUCCCAGCACCGGAAUCGGCUUGGGUCAUCCCGGUUCACAUAAGUCGCCUAUUUCUCCGCGGUCAGCAGAAGCAUUCAACAUUCAACCCAACUCAGAGCUAAUACUCUAUGCAUACGUCGCCCUCUCGGGCCGUGCGGUUCUUUCACCUCUGGGAAGAAGCGAGCCAGCAUUGCCUGCCCUUCGCAGUGCUUUGCUACGACCUAGGACGCAUGGCGGCGGUAGCUUGACAAUCCAAGCUUCUUCAUCGGUUUCUCCAUCUCCUGCGACAGUCACACGAAGACAUCAACGCGCGUCGUCUUUUUCUUCUGGAUUGCGUGCGCUUGGGGCGGGCAUUGGCCUAUUACGGAGCACUAGCUCUGACAGCGAAAUAUCCGGACCAGCCAAUGGGAACGACGAUUCCGAUACACCUUUACCGACAUUGGAGGUUCCGCCUGAGAUGCUUGGUGUUGAUGUUAGACUUGUGCCGGGGGAAGAACGAAGCUUCACUUACACACUGCCCUUGCCGGGACAUCUCCCGCCCACAUUCCGGGGCCGGACAAUCAAGUUCUCAUACGAACUUGUCGUGGGGGUUUGCAGGGCAUCUGGUAGCCGCGAUAAUGCCAGCGUGACGCGAAUAAUGAAGGUCCCGAUACGGAUAUACAACAACGUGUCCAUCAACCGCCCUCCAAGGCCAUACGACCUUCUGUGGCCUGUCGCACGGAGGAUAACGGAUGAGCUGCCCAAGCCUAUAGUCGCUGAAAACAUGAACCGUUCGCCAUUGAGAUCGUCUGCGACUGUGGCCGACCUUGAACAAUAUGUCAAUGGAUUACGGAGGGAAGUGGAUUUGGAUGAUGAUGUUGGGGCGCCUGGUGCCAUCUCAGGAGGUGUGUUAACUGGGUGUCGGGAAGCAGUAGAGGUAUUGACACGCAAUCUGAAGAAGGUGUCCUAUGACAUAACCAAAGACGGGGUGACCGUUGCAGUAUUAACAUUCCCGAAAAGCGCGUUCCGACUGGGUGAAACGGUGAACGGAGUUGUAGAGAUCAACUGGCGGGAAGGCCGAGGACGGGUGUUGCAGUUAACAGCGUUACUCGAGGCCCACGAAUCGCUGCCGAGCUGUCUCGCGUCUCCUCCCAGCAAUGCUGGCUCAGCCCGAUAUUUAAGACGUGUCCACGCUGAGCAUCACGCGCGCUUUGUGCUGGGGACACUCCGACUUGGUUUCUCGCUUGACAUUCCCAGCGAUGGCAGUCCCGCAUUUACGAUCGUUUCCUCGGAUUCUCCCGGAGGGCUGGAGUGGAAAGUGCGACUGUGUCUUCUCGUGGGUGUAGCGGACGAAGGGGCUGAUGAAGGGACUGAAGGGGUGCGAAUAAAAGGGCUCAUACGUGACACGACUCUUGACGAAGGCAGGGGGGCCUGGGGCAGCGCAUGGCGUGCGCCAGAAAAACUGGGUGUGCUACAACGACUGCCGUCAACGCCAAUACCGCAGCCCGAGAAGUCCGCAGGCUGGACAUCUUUCCUCGCCGCAAGCUUUCUCGGAGCCAGUGAGGGCGGCUAUCACGACGGAGACGACUUUGGAGACGAGGAGGAGGAGGACUUUGACGGGAUAAAGACACACUCGGCGGGCGGCGUCGGAGUUGGUGUACGAUAUGGCGGCAGGGAGGACGGCUGGACUGAUGUAAGGGCCGAGAUGGUCGAGUGUGUCGUCCCACUCAGAGUUUGGCCGGGGAACACAGCUUUCAAGCCCGGUGAUGUAGUGUUUGAUGUUUAG